UUUGUAUAAAACUGAAUAUGGAUGUCCAUAACAGCGUAGUCCGUAACGGCGAAGCCCGCAACGUCAGUUUGUUCAGUGACGAAGACAGGCAAGACUGCGAGGAUGCACGCCGGGAGUUCUUGACGCCGACGGACAGAGUUAUGCUGAACCGAAAGAUCGACUCUGUCCGAGCGACUUUGUUUGAGGCAGACAUGGUGCUGACAGUGUCGCAGCAGGCCCGCUGGUCCAAGACCGGGUAUCGCAGCAACAAUACGUGGCCGCUCAUCGAGGAGAAGUGGCCGGCGAACACAAUAGGCUACCAGUUCGGCGACCCGUCGCCCGACAAACAGAUGGUGCUCGACGCCAUGGAGGCGUGGUCCACGAAAACGUGCAUCAAGUUCGCCGAGGGCAUCGGGAACGUGCUGAACAUCGUCCAAGGCGAGGGGUGCUACACGCACGUGGGGUACCACUCCACUCGCCUGGUGAUGUCUGUGUCAGAGGUGUGCGACAGGGGCACCGUGGUGCACCUGCUCGGCCACGUGAUCGGCCUGGUGCACCAGCACUCGCGGCCCGACCGCGAGCAGUUCGUGUCCGUGCAGUACCACAACACGGCCCUGGAGGACGUGUUCUACUUCAACUACCGCGGCUACGACGACUGCCCCUACGACUACGGCUCCGUCAUGCAGUUCGACGCGUACGGGCUCAGCUACAACGGCGAGAGCGUGUUCCUGGGCAAGACACAGAACGGCACGGACGAGGACGGCCUGGUGCUGUCGUCCAUCCUCGGCACCGACUGGAGCACGCCCUCCGACAGCGACGCGGCGCUCGUCAACCGCGAGUACGGCUGUCCGCUGAAGGCGUGCAGCGAGUCGCAGCCGAAGCCGGCCGAGUGCAACCAGCACGUGGUGGCCGGCGACCCGCACUUCAACCGCGUCGUCACCUUCCAGAGCAUGAUGACGCAGCGCGAGGCGGCCAUCUCCUGCGUCUGGAAGACGGAGGUGCCCGACUCGCUGGCCUGUACGCGCGCGGCCAUCGCCGUCACCCUGUCCAGGAAGCCCGACACGGAGCUGCGCCGCGUCUGGUUCGUCAGCGGCUGCCGGCUCUUCCACGUGGAGAUCUUCGACCCGGACUCGAGCAUCAGCUACUUCUACUGCGCGGCGCAGUUCGCGCGCAAGCCGACCAAGGUGUUUGUGUCGCAGGCGCGCCGGAUCUACGGGAUGGUGCGCCUGUACCCGGCAGAUUGGCACGGCUUCCAGGAGGCUGCACUCGGCACCGGCAGCGUGCGCUUCUUUAACAUCCGGGACUUUGUGUGCGAGGGGGAGACAGGAGCAAAGUGCAUGUAACCAAGUGUUGAGUCCAAGUGUCCGGAGUGUGAGGAGUGCGAGUAGAUAUGAAAACGUGUGACAGUGCAUGGCUGAGCUUUUGGAAGACGAGCUUGCCUUCGAUGCUAAUGAUAGCUCAUGCCCAGGUACACAAAAACAUGUGAGGCGAAGAAGCACACCCGCAGAACACGUGCCGUAUCAUGCUAUGUAGAUUGCAGGCUAUCACGCUGUUAUGCGAAUUUAUCUCGCUAGUGUUAUGACAAUAUGUAGUUAUGUAAUGUCGUUUCUUGUGCAUUGACAAUGGAUCACCAGGGGAUUGUGUCCCGACUACGUUCUUGGAAGAAGUGUGAGCUCGAAGUUCAAGAGUUUGCCAAGUGAUUGUGUUACCGACAAUAUAUGUAGAAAUUAUGCUAA